UGAGAAUUUUGUUAUGAAAAUACUUAAAUUCUGAAUAAGAUUAUGAAAAUUUUUAAAUUUAAAUCAAAUAAAUUAUAUUUUAAAUUCAAUUGAAAGUUAUUCUAGUUAUUAUAGCUUAGUCAUUGAUUUUCAAAGAUUUAUUAACUUUAAUUAUGUAGGCUUCCCAGAAUUUGAACAUACCUACUUUGAAUAAUUAUUAUAGUAACUAGUUUAAUUAAAAUAAAAUAGAAAAUCAUGUCGGGAAAUAGAUGCACAUUUAGGAAAUGUUCCAACAGUCGUGCAAAAGUUAAAGGAUUGAAAAUGUUCUCCUUUCCCCGGGAUACUGACACAGCAAAGAUCUGGGUGAACAACUCAGGGAAUCCAGAACUGAUAGAAUUAUCACCAAAAUCACUUGGUAAAAAGGAGAUAUGCGAGCAGCAUUUCCAACAGCAGGAUAUUUUACCCAGUGGACGUCUCAUGAGAGGUGCCUUUCCGCAAGUCUAUUGUGGCUGUGACAGUGAUCCGGGCCCAUCCACAACCAUUCACUCAUCUAGUCCAGCUUCUCCUCGUUUCAACAUAACAUUGGCGUCACCAAUGUUUCUAUGAUGCAUCGGACCAGCUCUAAAAAGCUCUAAACUAACAGUAAAGUAGGAAAAUAAUGAAAAUAAUAAAAUCGUCAUUUCUUCAAUCAAUUGUAACUUUCUAAUGAUAUUGGAAUCGGAAGUAUUGUCGACUAGAGUGAGAAAAAGAGAAAAUUCUGCACAUCCUUGACUAUAUUUUGAAGUUCCAAUUGAAGUAUUUCAAAAGAUGCUCAGAUUUGAAUAAAAUUUGGUUAUUAACUUAAAAAAUUAUUCUUAAUAAGAUAAUAGAAAUUAAAACUACAAAAUAUUUACAUUGGAAGCACAUCCCCUUUUUUCAUGUCUGUAUUGACCAGACCAAUAUGGAAAAGUGGAGUUUCAUCUUGAUGAGAUUUUAUCAGCUGCUCCAUAGGCCUACUGUACAUAAAAAAUUUGCAUUCAUCACAUUCCAAAAGCUCCAAGCUCUAGAAAAAUUUACAAUUUGAUACUUUUUGAUAUGUGUUUCUAAAUCUACAUUACGAUAUAACAGAAAAAUUGAUAUCCAUGCAAAAGUAAGAAAUGAUCAAUUUAUUUGUGGACAAUUAUAUUUCAUGACUAGAUCCAUGGAUUAUUGAAAAUUGUUAAUGAAAAAAAAAUAAUUGAUAAUCUCUUUUCAUUUAAAAUUUAAAAUCU